AUGACAAAAAUGUAAUAUUGGAAUGUUUUAAUUACGUCUUAUUUUCGUUUCGCGCUUCAUCCUUCUCUCUCGCUCUCGCCGCAGUGGGGAUGACCAUCGCAGAUCUGCCACUCCUCUUCUCCUACGUUCCUGGCCUCUACAAAAUCUCCGACGAGAUCCUCGUCAAUACCGUUGACAGAGAGAUCCCUCCAUGGCAGCCUCUACAUCCUACGUUCCGUCUACCGUGCAAAGCUCACCAACAUCUUCUCCACCGAGUUCAUCGCCAAAAUCGCCGACGGAAAGCGCAAGAAGAAUCCUAGGGUUUUCCACCUACAGCUCCCUCCCACACGCCACCGCUACCUUCCAUCUCAGGGCUUUCUCCACGACCGUCACCGAUAAGCCCUCCGUUUGCACAGCCGACGAACUCCACUAUGUCUCCCUCUCAAAUUCCGAUUGGAAACUCGCUCUCUGGAACUAUAACCCUUCACUUCUUGUGGCUUUGAGAAAUAUAAGAAGAGAUGCAUUGAAAGCUUAUGACAAACUUGAGAUUGUGAAACUCUUGAAUCUACUUGCAGACUCUUGCAGGUUUAUGAUUGUAGAUAUAGAAAUCAAAAAAAAUUUGGAAGAUUGUUCAAAUGAAUGCAAGUCUAUGAUCCAUUCUGUUUCUGCAGGAAUGCUUCUGGGACCAUUACUAGCUCUUUUAAUGUUUUGAUGGUUCUUGUUUAGUUUUUUUAUGCAGCAGGCAUCUUUGUGUAUUAGCUUUCAUAUUAGAGUUCUGUAAAAGUUUCACAGAAAAUCUAUCUGGAAUUGAUUUAGACUAGUAUCUGUCAGAUUGAAUUGCACUGCAACUUCUAUUACUGUGAUUCAGGACUUGUGUUACUAAAAUUUUACUCA